CACUACAAGCAAACAUAUAAACAAAAUGUGACCUUAGCAGUUUACUUUCCAUUUUAACUGUGUCUUUAACACACUAAAAGACAAGUUAUGUGAAAAAGAAACAAGUGAAAAGAAAGAGAAGAAAACGGGCGCGUUGCCAUGACAACCAGCUCAACAAGCCUUGUUGUCAUUAGCAACCACACCAGCGUUCGGACCAGAAGGCUCCCGUUAGCUGUUAGCUAGCUAGCAGGUAGUUUAAACCGCCAGAUAACGGUAAGGUAACUAGUUUUAAAGUAAUUUAUUACUCUAACAAUGGACUCAGACUCGUUAUAUUACUCUCUGGAGCUCGUUGGCGGCAGCGGAAACAAUUUAAACGUCGAGCAGAGAACCGCGCUGCAGACUUCCUUAGUGCUCCUGAAGAAAAACUACAAGUUCCAUCGAGUCUUGUUCUGGGGCAAAAUAUUGGGGUUAAAGGAGGAUUACUUUAUCGCUCAGGGGAGAGGAGAGGAUGAAAUGCAGGAUAGAAAGAACCUCUAUAGCUUCAACUGCAUGGACUGGUUCCUGCUCCCUCCUGCCACAGACUCUAUGAUGGAGGAGGUGUCCAAGGCUGCAAAGGGUCGAUUCAGAGGAGACCCCUCACAUGUGUAUGAGCAUCGUGACAUCCUCAGGCAAGGAGAGAAGGAUGAAGAGGAGGUGGUGACCAAAGUCAAUGAGGAGAGCAGACUAGCAGUAACAGUUCAUCACAUCGAUGACGAAGUCUCUGUGGUGCCACGCGGCGCCUUCAUCAGGAGUCCUCACGGCCUCGUCCAGAUCAACCGCAGCUUCGGUGGUCUCUCUCACUCAGAAGCAGGGAAGCUUGACAACUUCCUUCACUUCAGCCAAGCAAAGAAUCCAAAGAAGAAAUCCAUCCUGGAAAUGGGUGAUUUGAACCCAGCCGUCGACUUCCUGGAUGUACUGAGUGAUGAUAUUCCUAAAGAAUGGGAUUCGGUGCUACUGCUACCAUCAUUGGGGAGAUGUAUCAUCAGGAGGAAAAGCGCCGCAGAGAGUGCAUCACAAAGAGUGAAGUUGCGUCUUCUUUUCCUCGCACAUGACGGUUCGGGUUCAUUCUCUUCUGUUGCGUGGAUCCUGGAGCCUUCAGUUUGAAUAUGCCAGCAAAGUGUGCGUGCUUCGCAGCCUGUUGUGGCUUGGCCUGACCUUCUACCACGUGCCAAUGAUGCCACAGCACGGUUACGUCUACAUCGGUGACGGGACCAAGAAUUUGGACCUUCCCUUCAUG